AUUGCCUUCCCUGCUGGGGCCAUGGUUUCGAUCCGUUUCCAAGAGCGUAACUGGAUUUUCCACAAGCUCAUGGCCAUCCUUAACUGCAGGGACGAUAGGCGGCACAUCCUGGCCAUGGCAUUCUUCAUUCAGCUCCUCCAGAGCCCUGACCUCAGCAAUGAGCUGGAAGACACCAUUGUGGAGGAGAUGAGCAGGCAGCCGAGAGACCCCCAACACCGUGGUGCACUGGCUGGCGCUCAAAGGCCUCCUCAACCUGGCCCUUCGCCCAGAGAAGGCUGGGCUGUAAGGACUGAGACUCAGGAGAACCCAGCCCUGUACGAGAUCCUCCAGGAGCAGGCCUGCAGGCAGAAGAUGAAGGAGCUCUUCCCUCAGCUCUACAUAGCUCUGCUUUUCCACAUCACCUACACGGUGGAGCCGUCCAUGCAGAACAUUGCUUUGCACCAGAGGGUUCAUAACCAUGAGGACAUGCCCACACUCCUCAGCUCUGUCAGGGCCAUGGUUUUCAAUCAGUUUCCAAGAGCGUAACUGGAUUUUCCACAAGCUCAUGGCCAUCCUUAACUGCAGGGACGAUAGGCGGCACAUCCUGGCCAUGGCAUUCUUCAUUCAGCUCCUCCAGUAUCCUGACCUCAGCAACGAGCUGGAAGAUGCCAUCCUGGACCAGAUGAGCAGGCAGCUGAGAGACCCCAAUACUGUGGUGCGUUGGUUGGCGCUCAAAGGCCUCCUCAACCUGGCCCUUCACCCAGAGAAGGCUCUGCACAACCACUAUUCGCGGAGCCUGGACACCAUCCUCAGGGGCCGGUUGACAGAGACCCCCACCAUGGACAAGCUGCAGCACCUCCUGGAGCACGUCCAUCCCUCUCUCCAGUCGAAAAACACCCAGGAGAGAGCCAGGGCCGUACAGACCAGCACUGCCCUGCUCAAAUUCGCCACCCCCUGCCUGUAUUUGACACCUCCUCCGCCUUCUCCAAGGCAGGCGAAUUCGUGCUGCAGCUGGGUCUCUAUAUAUCUCACCCAGCCGAUGAUAUCAGCCGGCAAGCCAGGGGUGGGAUAUGUUGGCUUCACUGGCUCCUGCUUCAGAAGAGGGGUCUUUGGCGAGCUGUUCAUGGAGGACCAGAAAAUAUCUUUCCUCCCGGCGGGGCUGCUGGCCAUCCACCACUCCCUGCUCUAUGUCAGCCAGCUGCUAGAGGACGAGGGGGACAUUACAGCCAACAUCAUGGUACAACUAUUUAACAUCAGGUGCUUGCGCCAGGUCCCCAAAGCCCUGCAGGGGCUGUGCUCUGUGGGGCAGCACUGAAGACCCCCACCCCGCCUUCGCAUGACCAGCUCCCACCCCCUGCCGCAGUUUCUGUACCUCUGGCUGAAACCUACAGACCUUUGCACGCAGGAUCAGAGGGAUGUGUGCUGGGUAGAGCCCAGUCACUGGAGCCGCCAGCUGCCCCCGCUCCGCUAAAAGCCAGCCUCCCUCCUUUGGGGCUUCGUGCACCACAGCCUGCCUGAGCAGGGUGAAACACUUGGUGACUAUGGGGGAGGCUCUUCCCACCACCCCAGACCCUGGCUUCUUCCCCAUAUGCAAUGUCAUCAAGACAACAUAAGGGCAGAACAAGGAAACUCUGUGAUACAGCCUUCAACCAAGUGUCCCCGAAUGAUGAAAUUAUUGAAAGGCCCUGGCUCAUAUACUCACCAUCACCUGGCUGUGUCUUCUGAAUGGCUGAGGAAGCCCCCAAGGGCCCCUUGAAACCCAUCCCCAUCUGGGAAGAGAUAAAAACCUUGGGGGAAGAGCCCACAGCAGCAGCAGGAGCUGUGUGCCUCAGCCUUUCUGU